AUGGUGAUGACGGAUCCAAAAACGGAGACUUCAUCCGAUUCCAAACCUCGAAUCGAGGAAGCGCCGUUAGAGAAACUUGGAGAUUCUUCAACUGUUUUGGACGAUCCAGUGGAAUCCAGAUCUCCAAAGGAAGAGGAAGAGAAAGAAACGUUCGGGGUUUGGGAGUUCAUGAAAGGAGGUAGUUGCAAAGAGUCAUUCAUGGCUUGGGAAGUUUGUGUAGAGGAAGCUAAGAAGAAGAAAGAAGAUAUCGUCACCAAGUGUAGGGAAGUCUCUACUACCUUGUGUGAAUGUGUGGAUGCUCACUUCGAUUAUUACGGGCCUAUUCUUAUAGUGGCGAAAGUUUUUGAAGAAGAGACGAAGAAGGAGAUGGAAGCCGAGAAGAACAAGGUCCAAGAAGAAGACAUCUCUGAAGAGGAAGAAGCUAGCUCAGGGUUGUUGACUAAGAGUAUAGGAGGAUACAUGCCAAGAUCAGUGUCUGGGAACCUCACUUCAUAUCUUACAAAUACUUUAGCGUAA